UGGGUCCUUACCCCUGCCCGACGGGUUUUCGGCGCUCAACAAAACUUCAUGUCGUCGUCUGGAGUCUGACAGUGAUAAAGAGACGACGCCCGCCAACAAAGGACUGUUGCCGCCAAAGCGAGGAGCCACACAUCACAAGAAACCGGAAUGGGUGCCAGCAAGGAAAUAUCGCCGUUCCCCAGCGCGGCGCGGUACUCUGAGCAGAUCUUCAUGUUCGAGUACGAGCCCACAGCCACGACGGCAGGAUCAGCAGACGAGCCCUCGACCAUCAUCAUCUUUGGCUGGGGUGACGGCCAGGCCAAGCAUGUCUCCAAGUACAUCAGCGGCUACCGGGAGCUAUUCCCCUCCGUCACCAAGAUUGUCGUCGUGCUGGCGACCACGUUCAAGGCGGCGUACCAGCCCUUGCACGAACGCGUCAGCGGCAUGAUGCCCGUCAUCGACGCCGCGUUCCCCGACGGGCCCGUCCUGGCGGCCGCCGCUCGCGACAAGACCAAGACCAAGACGAGCGCAGACGGCGCGGCGGCGUUGAGCCCGCACAGCCCCGUGCUGCUACACGCCAUGUCCAACGCGGGUGGGAUCAACCUGGCGUCGGCGCUGCACGCAUGCAAGCAGCGGUUCGGGACGCCGAUGCCUCACCGGCUGCUGGUGCUCGACUCGACGCCCGGCGGCGUCGUGUUCCGCGAGCAGGUCGGCCGGUGGGCGCGGGCCAUGGCGAUUGGCAUGUCGCGCCGCUUCCCCUGGCCGUACGCCGUCACGUACGCGCUCUGCUACGUCUUCCUGUGGAUGAUGAAGGGCGUCGAGUGGAUUCUGCGGCGGCACCACGCGGGCGCGUACAGCCGCACGGCAGUCAACGCGGGCGACAUCAUUGCCGUGCCGGCGCGCAGGCUGUACCUGUACUCGCAGGCCGACGACAUCAUCCAGGCAAAGGACGUCGAGGUGCACGCCGCGCAGGCAAAGGGCCUGGGCUUCGGGGUGGACCUGGCCGAGUUUGAGGGCUCUGAGCACGUUGGGCACAUGCGCCGACACCCAGAGCAGUACUGGAAGGCCGUCGCAGACAGCUGGGCAGCGGCAGGGGCAAAGUGAUUUAGAAGCCAAGGUGGUCGCCCAUGAUGGGGAACGCUGGGUAGGCGAGGUAGCUGCUCAGGGGGUUUGCUUGAGGGUUGCGGGCUGUGCCUCUUGUAUUGUAUUGGAAUUCUAAAGCCAGAUAAAUCCAGUAUGCGCUUGCAACCCCAUUUGAGAGCAUCUUCCUCCAGUAGACCUAUGAUGUUCCGGCUUCUGUUCCGAGUUGCUGCAAGAUCUAUCCAAGGUGAGCCUGGAGUCCGAUGCAGCGGAUAGCCUGGGAACAAAUGUCGC